AUGUCUCCUGGGGCUGAGCCAGCACGGGUCACUUCAAAGACUAGUGUAAUGGUCUGCAAGAAUGCGAACCCGCCCAAGAAAAUCAAGUUGGAACCAGCUACCAAGAAGAUGGAUGCUCCGGUAUCACCUGAGCCCAUGGGAAACCAGUGGCGAAACACUGAUCUUCCCCCACUUAUGCUGGAGGAUGGUAUGUGGCGAAGGUCUUUUAUCCCCACCGUCUUUCUGUGGGCAGGCGCUCAGCCUAAUUUCUGGUCCAUUGAGACCGAGAAACUCCUCCCAGCGCUCCAGGCCAUCUUCGAUGUUGCUUAUCCAGGAAUGAAUCAUAAGGUUCAACUGCGCGGCCCUAUCAUUGGUCUGGUGAAUCAGCGCAUUUGCUCCUGGCACAGUAAUUUUGGAUCCACGGCCAUUGCCCUUGUUGCGGAUUUUCUCGCUACCUCAAAAGAUAAUGAGGACGAGGACGAGGACGAAGACGCUAACUUCAAACAAACGCUGGCAGCUGAACUUCUUCAGGAGUGGGCCUUCCUCUACGAGGACCCAGAGGUUCGCAAUCCAGGUCAGAUUUACCGGUCUGAAUUUAUGUUGGAAAUGAUCGAGGCCACUCAUCUCAAUGCAAUUGCUGGGUUCCUCGACGUGCCUGCGAUCAACACGGAUGAUCUGCAAUUGCAGGGUAUGCAGGCCGUGAUUGCAGCAUGUGCUGCCUCACUCGAACGUGCUUUGAACUUUGUUGCAAAGCCCAAGGCUCUCGACAAUGACCCAAAGCAUAGCCACUGGUAG